AUAAGCCGGAUCCAAUCGAAGAUUAGGAAUCAACAACGCAAUCUUCAACAAUUACAGAUGUUUCCCGACUCAGAGAUUGCUCAGAAAUAUGCUUGUGCUCGCACGAAAACGUCUUCUAUUGUGAACGACAUUGCUUGUGAUGCACAAAGUAAAACGAUAGCUGCACUCCAGAAUUCAGCAUUUUCAGUGUCAAUCGAUGGCAGCAACGACAGCGAUUGGAAGCUU